AAGACAAUGUAGAGUGUUCUAAGGUGAGAACCAGUUUAGUGUUGAAGGGUAUACAGUGUUGAAGGGUAUACCGCAGUAACCUCGGUAUUGAGGUGUUAGGCCUAAGCUGCCCGAUAUUGGCCUGGUUAAGAAGAUGGCUGCGUUUCAGGUAAUCUUACUGGCUAGUGCGCUCUUGAUGGCUGCCGAGAGUCAGACUCACUCGUGCGAUGAGAAUCCCUUCCACAACGGAUGUACCAUCCCGUUUAACAUCGACAUCCCCUUCAGAAAUUCCUUCCUUCCGGCCUGCAAGCGACACGAUAUCUGUUACAAGUGUGGCAACAAUGCUAUGUAUGCAGUGCUGCACGGGAGGUAUCGAUGUGACCAGCUGUUCUACCGGAAUAUGAAGGCAAUCUGUAAGAGGCGGAGCUUAUUCCGUAGAUUUACUUGCAUGGUAAACGCCCGUCUUUAUUAUACGUCUGUCCGUACGUUGGGUGUCGGGCGGAUGAAAUCCAGGGAACGUGUACCGAGUUUUUGUUCCCAGCCCUGGGUACAUGCUUGUCUCCAGUGACGUCACUCGUCAUUGAGUGUCUCGUUCUCUUAUCUCUUUCCAAGGCCAUAACUUAUGUCAUCUUGCCAACAUAUUCAAAGUCAAAACUUUCCGCUCCCGGAAACGCAUGUCUACAGUAACGUACUCCUCACGCUUGGAAUGGAAGGUUCGUGUUUAUUACAUCAAUAUCAGAUAUCAAAAUCUGACCAAUCACAAUGCUGACAGACAGUCGUUCUUAUGAACAUGUACUUUGAAGGUUACUAAAACGCUACUCCGAUAUCUAAGCUGGUCAAUUGUGUCGUUACGCUGCCGCGCGAUUCACUUACUACGGAAGUACCUUUAAUCAAACCACCGCCAGAAGAUAACACAUAGAAAGGAUUCCCUUACAAUUUCCGGACUUGUCCUCUUAUCAAUAUCAAUAUGGCAAGGGAAAGGGGCCAUUACUAUGUCCUGUCACUGCCCCGUCAAAACCCUUUGAAAGGAGAUAGUUAUUUUGGAGUGAAUACAGAUUAUACAUACCCUGUACCAAGUUUAGACCUACUUUCUUGAUAUUUAUAAAAGUAACAUUUGAAAUAUAGAAAAAAGGGUUUACAGAAGGCCGUACGCACCGGCUCUUGGUUCGUGUUGAAUUACUUGAGAAGAGACAAAUAAACAUAAUUCACUUUGAAAAUCAAACCACAAUACGAAUGCUUCAAACAGGUUUUCAGUGACCCGUAGUGUGGCGGUUCAAUGUUAAUUGAAAAGGAUGUAUCAAAAACAAAAUUACAGCUUCAAUAUUCCAUUCGGUUGUUCUGUUGUACAGUAGUGCGCCUCAAUCAACACGCAUGCGCUCAUAUGCGCCGCAAUGGUAGCGCCGAUACGAAACACUGUCUUGUCGAUCACAACUUACCUAUAGCUUUGACAGUUAACAACAUCAUUUUGUAGUGUGUACAUUACCACGUGAAAGGCACAUUACAAGAAAAGCUGAGGACCCUUUAACACUACUUAAAGCUCAGUAUAUCUUAACCGUUUCGUUAGUCCCAUUAAUGUAUUUUGUAUUUAAUAAAUAAGACUUUUCAUCUUGAAAUGAA